GUUUGACUAAUUAAAAGCAACGGAGAGUGUGUGUGUGUGAGUGUGUGAGGCAAUGGGAAAUCCGUCGUCGGAUGAUUUCUCAGUGAUGGUUCUGGCGUCGGAUCUAGGCAUCGACGCCCGACCCUUUCUAUCCAACCCGCCGCCGGAAGACGAGAAUUGGCACGACUGCCCUUCCAAUUUUCCCUCCGCCGACGAUCAAAGCCUAGAUUUUUCCGACCUCGAUUCCCUCAGCUUCUUCCGCCGCGAAAAUGGCUCUGAUAAGUCCGGCAACCGUAUCUUCCGCAUCGUUGGAAAGUAUUUUCCUGCUCUUGUCAUCCCGGGAGAAAGGCUUAAGAAGUAUGUCUUCCAUAAGAUUUUGACAGAAAUGGAUGAAGGCCCUUUCUGCAUUGUAUACAUGCAUAGUACCGUUCAGAAGGAGGACAACUCACCUGGUCUUACAAUGCUUCGGUGGAUAUAUGAGGAACUACCUGAUGAAUACAAAGACAGGCUUCAGGUUGUCUACUUCAUUCAUCCAGGACUUCGAUCGCGACUUGUCUUUGCCACUCUUGGGAGACUUCUUUUAAGUGGAGGACUAUACUGGAAAAUCAAAUAUGUAAGCCGCCUUCAGUAUCUCUGGCACGACAUAAAGAAGGGACAGGUCGAGAUCCCCGAGUUUGUUCAACAACAUGACGAUAUCCUGGAACACAGACCGCUGACAGAUUAUGGCAUCGAACCAGAUCCCAUGCAUUUAAUGGAGGUCCCAUCCACGGCUUAUUCAUAUGGGAGGUACGACAUGGGGUGGUCAUCCAGAGAAGGUAGUUCUUAGUGGUAUGAUCUCUCGUUGUUAUCGUUUUGUGUUUGUGUAAUGCACGCUCUGGUGCGUCUGUUCGGCUUAUUAUACUGCUCUAUGGGUGUGGAUUUUGUUAAUAUGGUGGCUCCCUAUGUAUAUGAAUAUAUGAUGACCAUUUAGCAGUAAAUCUUGUUUUUGUUAUGGAUA